AUGACAACAGCUUCUACUGUUGAUCGUCCCAAGAUGGCGGAGGAGGAGAAUAGCACCGCGCUCCCAGUUUCUACUGAAGCCAAGAAACGACGAGCACCUAAAGCUCCAGACCUUCCCAUAGUGGAGAGGAGAAACUGGCUGAUCCACCAGCACUACAUCCGCAAGGACUACGACACCUGCAAGGUGAUCAUCAAAGAGCAGCUGCAGGAGACCAAUGGCAUUUGUGAAUAUGCCAUCUACGUUCAAGCACUAAUCUUGCGUCUCGAGGGCAAGAUCCAAGAGUCCCUGGAGCUGUUCCAGAGCUGCGCCAUCCUGAAUCCCAGCAGCACCGACAACCUGAAGCAAGUGGCCCGAUCGCUAUUUCUUCUGGGGAAGCACAAAGCGGCCAUUGAAUUCUAUCAUGAAGCUGCACGGCUCAACGAGAAGGACUGGGAGAUCAGCCAUAAUCUGGGGGUGUGUUACUUCUUCAUCAAAGACUUCAAAAACGCUGAAGAACAUCUAAACACGGCUCUCCAGAUAAAUAAGCACGACAAGACUUUCAUGAUGCUGGGGAAGGUUCAUUUGCUGGCGGGAGAGACUGACAAGGCCAUUGAAGUGUAUAAGAAAGCCGUGGAAUCGUCUCCGGAGAACACCGAGCUGCUCACCACGCUCGGCCUGCUCUUCCUGCAGCUUGGAAAAUACCAGAAGGCGUUUGAACACCUUGGAAACGCGCUCACCUUUGACCCCAACAAUUACAAGGCCAUCCUGGCUGCAGGCAGCAUGAUGCAGACGCACGGCGACUUCGACGUGGCCAUGAACAAGUACCGCGUGGCGGCGUGCGCCGUGCCCGAGAGCCCCCCGCUCUGGAACAACAUCGGCAUGUGCUUCUUCGGCAAGAAGAAAUACGUAGCGGCCAUCAGCUGCCUGAAGCGAGCCCACUACCUGUCUCCCUUCGACUGGAAAGUCCUGUACAACCUGGGCCUGGUCCACCUGACCAUGCAGCAGUACGCCUCGGCCUUCCACUUCCUCAGCGCCUCCAUCAAUCUCAACCCGCGCAUGGGGGAGCUCUACAUGCUGCUGGCAGUGGCUCUGACCAACCUGGAGGACGUGGAGAACGCCACCAGAGCGUAUGAGCAGGCCGCCACCCUGGACGAGUCCAAUCCCCUGGUGAACCUGAACUUCGCCAUCUUCCUCUACAACCACGGAGACAAAAAGGCGGCUCUGGAUCAGUACCAGGAGAUGGAGCGGAAGGUCAACGUGCUCCGAGACAGCAGCAGCAGCUUCGAGUUUGAUCCCGAGCUGAUGGACAUGGCUCAGAAGAUGGGCGCCGCCCUGCAGGUGACCGACGGUCUGGUGUGGACCAAACCGGGGAAGGACUCCAAGUCCAAACCUCAGUCUGCCGCCGCCGCCAAGAGCCCCGGCGCCGAGCUGGGAACCAACCAGGCUCUGGGCCAGGCCAUGUCGUCGGCCGCCAGCUACAACAGGAACCUGCAGCUGCCGGCAGGGGUUUCCAAAGGCUCGUCCGUGACUGCCGAGUCGGAUCCAGAUGUGGAUGCGGCCCCCAGCCCCCCCUCCGACCCGCCGGGAUCUCCAGAUCCAGAAGACCCCGAAACCAGCAGACCCCGAUCCUCCAAGAAGAAAUCCAAGGUGGAGGAGUGAAGGAACAGCAGCCAUGUGGCUCGGUGUGGCUCGACGUGAAGGCAGAGGGAUCUGAGAGGUUCACGUCAUGUUCAUUUAUCCAAAUCAGCCACAAUAGAUGUUGCAGUUAAAAAAACAAAAAAACAAACUUCAUUUCAGAACUUGGAAAUGUGAGCAUUCGUGAAGUGUUGAGAGCUCGACGAGCUCAGCAAUAAGCUUCGAUCCAUUUCUCCUGGUCUUGUAACCCCUGUGAAGUAGGAGUGACGUGACGGCGACGCUGCGACAAUCAAAGGAAGGCUUCCUGUAAGAUAACGCUCCAGUGUAAAUACAAACACGCGCUUUUCUAUGUGAAUAACUGUUUAUAGGAGAUUAUGUAUUUAAUAUUAAAAGAAGAGGCUUUA